GAAUUGUCAUAUAUUAAUUUUGGACGGGAGAAUACACGCAUGCUCUCUUUCUCCGAGAGCAUCGGUGUAAGGAGUCAUUAGCGGAACAUCAAUUUUUUCAUCUUCUGACUUACAAAAAGUAGUUAAAGAUGAUUACCAUGGGAACGCUAUUCCGGCUAGGCCUUAUUGCGACUCUGUGUAUGUUGGUCCAAUCCAAGAUGACCAUCAUAGACACUCCCGAAGAGCUGAAGAGCUGUUUCGAUCAGCCUCGUUUUCACACCAGAGAGAUGGACCCUCGUCUCGAUAAUGUUCAUCAGUAUUGUAUUCAAAAAUUCAGAUGGCAUCUUCAGGCCCUUAACCCAAACAUUACGACAGAAACAACUCACUGGAUAGACGAGUUAUUACGUAUGGCCAACAAGGAGGCACGAACCAAGAGACAAUCCUUGAGAAGACGAGUGGAAAUCAGACGGGCAACAGAUCAACAACGACAGGACUACUUCAGAGCCAUCAAUAUGCUGAAAAGAGAUACUGAUGUCAAACCUAACCGUUUUGAUGCCUUGGGACUGCUUCAUCAACAAAGAGGUGAUGACGUCCACCAUGGAGCUGCUUUCCUGGCUUUCCAUAGAGUUCUUCUACUUAUCUUUGAAAAUGCUCUCCGACAGAAGGUACCAGGGGUGACUUUACUCUACUUUGAUUCUCGUCUCGAUCAACCGCUUAGAGAUCCCACUAGGUCCAUUAUAUGGUCACCACAGUUCGUGGGAACCAUGAAAGGUCGUGUUAUUGAUGGACCAUUUAGAUACUGGCAGACACCAGCAGGACCUCUUGUUCGAGCUGGAGGUCAUGAGGGAGAAUAUUUCACCUAUAGACACAUCCGGGCAGUCAUGACAAGAUCUACUUUGGAGGAAAUAUCUGAGCCUCAUGCGCCACCACCGUUCGACUUUGAAAUCAGACAUGGUGAUGUGCACCAACACAUUGGAGGCAUAAUGUCACCAGCUGAAACUGCUGCAUACGAUCCAAUUUUCUAUCUCCAUCAUUGUUUUGUGGAUUACCUGUGGGAAGUUUUCCGAAGAAGCCAAAGAGAGAAAGGUGUUGAUCCAACCAGGGAUUAUCCAAGACGUUAUGGAACGGCUGCCCAUGCUCCAAACUCCUUGAUGGGACUUGGAAGACUUCGAAAUCUUCACGGAAUGAGCGACAUGUAUACUACAAGAAUGUAUACUUAUGAGCCUUCGCCAACGUGUAGUUACAGAAAUCCCAGCUGUGGAUCACGUUACCUUACGUGUGAAUUCCAGUUUGGACGACCACAGUGUGUUACAUUGGAAAUGAUCACUCCGACUACCCCAACAGCACCGUUCGGAUCUGCCACAAAUCAACAAACGCAACAACGAACAACACAGACAUCGCGAUUCCCAAAUUUCCCUGUGGGCAACAGAAUUCCUCAAUUCCCACCUAGAUUUGGUAGAAGAAAGAGACAAGCAGGAGUAAUAGACGCAAGCCGAAUGUCAACCAUGGGACAGAAUGUGCUGUCUCAAUUCGGACAAAAUGGACUCGCAAGGUUCGCACAGAACAGAACAGAACAACAAAAAGAACACCAGCAAAAAGUUCAAAUGGGUUUCUCAGAAAAAUAUGAGAAUAAUGUGGAUGUAUUUCAAAGAUUAAAGGAAGGAGAUAAAGAAAUAAUUUUAAGUCCUAUGACAAACAUGUGCCCUCCAACUGUCCCAACAAAUGUGAUUCAAAACUUGUUUCAGAUGAAUGGUAUAUCAGACAGCAGAAUUUGGGUAUACAUACCUGUCCAAGUCAUAUAUAAACGACAACAUGAGCAGAUGGUAUUCGAUUCGUUUCCGAUUGAAGAAGGACAAAUGAAAACCGGAAAAGAUAUAUAUGAUCCAACCGGUUAUGACAGUUUAAAAGGAAAAUUCAUUCAAAAUGUUAACUACUCUCGAUCUUGUCGAGACAUGGACGGAAUUUUCACUAAGAUCAUGGUCCACAGCGAUGGUUUGAACUAUCAUGGAUCCUUCCGUGAGUUCGCUGUUGUUGAUUCUAGGCAGCCAUACACAUCAUCAACAAUUUAUGUUGCAGUCAAAAGUCCGGAAAAAUUUCACACUGAAGCUAUUUUUCAGGCUUACGAUCCAUGUGGAAAUAUUUGCAAGCCAUACUGUAAACGAUUUGGGCAUUUUCAACCUUGUGAUGGAUCACUGAAACUUGAUAAUACACCUCCAAAACUAUACGGCAAAGACUACGGUGAAGCCAUUCAGUUAGUCUGGAGCAUUACAAAUGAAGGAAUACCCAUAUUCCGACCGGAUAAUAUUCAAUUGCAAUUCGUUUGUAACUGAAUACAUAACUCCACAAUUUACAUUUAUUUAUCGAUACACGUAAAAUUUACCUUUGUGUCAAUUAAGAAAUAAUAUAGCAAAAUGCUUUAAACUGACAGUCGUUUCGAUUAAUAAAUGUAUUUUGCAUUUGAGGUACUGGUGAUUUUUAGUGCUUUUCCUGUUUGUUUCCAGUUCUUAUAUAACACCCAUUUUAUCAUGUCACAAACAAAUAGUAUUGAGCUGUCUCUCAUUUUAUCAAAAUAUUUCAUUGUAUAUCAUUUUAUUUAGUUAAUAAACACAUUUAUCUUGUUA